AUGAAUGCGACACGUUGCUUCUUGGCUUUGCUGCUCUGCCUCACGCAGGCUAUGUCUGGCUGCUACUGCCAGCGCACACUCAUUGAAGAAAUAGAAAAUCUGAAGAAAUAUUUUUCUGAUGAUUCUCUCUCUCUCUCUCUCUCUCUCUCUCUCUCUCUCUUUCUUUCUUUCUUUCUUUCUUUCUUCUUUUCACACUCUCUUAAUCUGAGAGUAACUUUCUUUAGCUCACUGCAGCUAUUUGGGAACUCAAGUAGCGAAGAUGUUGGGAAUGGAGGGGACCUCGUCUUUAAUACCUUGAUGAACUGGCAAAAGGACGGUGACACAAAAAUCAUCCAGAGCCAGAUCGUCUCCUUCUACUUCAAACUCUUUGAAGCCUUGAAGGACAACCAGGCCAUCCAGAGGAGCAUAGACACCAUCAAGGCAGACCUGUUUGCUAACUUCUUCAACAGCAGUAUGGAGAAACUCAAUGACUUUGUGAGGAUCACCAAGAUUCCGGUAAAUGACGUGCAGGUCCAGCGCAAAGCUGUCAAUGAACUCAUCAGUGUGAUGCCCCUCCUGUCACCAAAACUUAGCCUAAGGAAACGGAAAAGAAGUCGGUGCUGUUUUGGGGGUGGAAAUCGUCCCAAUAAGAAUAAUCUUGCCAGCACUAUUUGAAUUUUAAAUCUUAAACCUAUUUAUUAAUAUUUAACAUUAUUUAUAUGGAAAUUUAUAUUUUUAGACUCACCAACCAAAGAAGUAUUUAUAAUAGCAACUUUUCUGUGAUGAGAAUGAAUUUCUAUUAAUAUAUAUAUAUUAUUUAUAAUUUCUGUAUCCUCAACUAUCUCACCUGACAAUUUAUUCUUUCUAACUAAUUAAGCAAGACUGUGUGAAUAAAACGUUGUAUCUCAGGGACUAGUCAACCAGUUGGCUGAAGUCAGACUGGAGUUGGUACACUUAUUUUACUUGACACGAAGGGCAGUUGUCACCAUGAAGUGCUGCUGACUGGAGGGCACGUCUACACUCUGAGCUCACCCAUUCAAUAGUAAGUCAGACAUCACAUCAACAUGUCAGGUAGUACAAACUGUCUCCCACCUGGUGCUUUUGAAUCCUGUUGAAAGCUGUGACUGCACCCAAAUGGCAAAUAACUCACUUGUUUAUAGUUUACCACUGUCUAAUGCAUAUGAAUAAAGUGUACCUUUCACAACUA